GCUAAUUAGGGUUAGUCCUAACCUAAUCUAAACGACCUACCUAGCCUAUCGGAAGUGCCACAUCAGCAGUGACACAUCAGCAGUGACACAUCUUGAUGCACCGCAGCCAACGACUGGUCGAGCGCGGAUCUGCAGGAGCCAAGCCUGAACAGGAACUGAGCACCCCUCGGAUACCUCACAGACCACGCACGACCAUGGCUGCUAGCUCUGACAACACUGCACCAGGUAGCCCCAAGAGGCCGGUUACCCCUCUUCUCCCAGUUCAGCAGGCCGAUGAAAUGCUCCUAGCGUUCCUCGACCGUCUCCAGCACUAUUCGGAGACAACGGCAGCUGACCUACGCAAGUGGGAAGAAGAGGAAGCCGCCCGCCAGCAGGCAGAGGCAGCAGUAGCACGUCAGUGGUCCGCAGCAGAAGCUGCAGCAGCCGCACGGUUGCAGCAGCAGCAGCUCGAGGCAGAUCAGAACCAGGCUUGUUACCAAGCCACGAUGGAUCUUGCUCGCAACGAACCCACAUAUGUCAGGCUACUUCGACAACAGCAUUUCCAAGAGACCGAAGAACAAGCCCGGCCUACCGAUGAAGAACGCACCAAGGAAGGGACAGCAGUACUAAUGACAUGCAAUUGGCAGCAACGUGAACUGCUCGCCAUGCGGCAGGUCCUCAUCCGCCAUGAAACAACACUCAAGGCACUGGACAAGAGGAUCUCGACCCUGCAGACCGAGAACAGCUCACUACAGGCCGCCAACAGCCAGCAGCAGAUGCUCAACAGCCAGCAGCAGACACUUAACCAUCAGCUGCAGGCAGAUAUCAGCAACGGGUUGGCACAACUGUCAUCAGCUGCGUCAACGGGCAGUGCAACAGUCGACUGCAGCCCAGGUUUGGCCGCACAGGCAAAGCAAUUGGAGGAGCGCUUCAAUCAUUUAACGCUCAGUGACCGCGUUGACCAAAGACCGGCCGCUGCCGCCAAGGAAUGGAAGAUGCCGAACUUCAAGAUCGAGAAGUUCGACGACUAUCACAAGACGGACCCGCUGCAAUGGUGGAUGGCCUUCAACGCAGAGGCGGAUGUACAUCAUACACCCGCCCAUCGACGGCUGGACGCUCUAUACCUCCAACUCAUUGGAGGAGCGCAGGUCUUCAUGACGCAUAUGGCGGUCACAUUGGAGUGCACCAUCGCCACCCUCCACACCAAGAUCACCUGGGAGGAAUUUGAGAAGAAGUGGAAGACCCGGUUCAUGGUCAACAACGACAAGCGUCACGCCAUGAACAAGAUCUUCCGCAUCUACCAAGGCCAGCAAACAUCACGAGAAUGGCUGACGGAGUGGCAAAGACUCGUCGCCACCCCGGAGUUGGGCUUACCAUUCGACUCAAUCCGGGCUGAAUUCUUCGCUCGGUCAUGCGACGCUUUGACAGCCGCGCUUGGUACCAAAUUCCAAUAUGAGACCUUUGAUGAGCUGAUCUCAAAGGCAAGAGACCUGAUCCAAGGUAACCGGCGCGCGGCCAACGAGACCCGCCAACAGCCCGGUUACGUGGAGAAAGGCAAGGGACAACGGACGCCGCAAGUAGCAGCAGUCCAACAAGGAACUAGUGAGGACCACGCAGCCGCUUCAACAUCAAGUGAUGGAGAUGUGGCGGCAGCGAUACCACCACGACGCACGAAACCCCAAGGGGGCAAGAAGGCGAAAGAAGCGUCGGCGGAUGGAGCACGACAGGCACCAUGGACGGAAUUUGGCAUUACUGAAGAAAUGUUCAAGUUGCGAUAGAAACGGUAAUGUUGUUUAUGGUGCAACAGCACCAAACACGUCACCAGUGCCUGACUCGACAAGGACAAGGAAAAUGUCAAGCAUUCGGGCUCGGGAAACU